AUGGAGGAAUCGCUAUCACACGCUCUCGCCAGCGCUCAGUGUUUGCUCAACGACGUCGAGAAGUUGGACGCUCAGCGGGUGGAGUCUCGAGCGAGACGAAUUGGUUUAGAGCACGAGCACGUAAACCCGUCGCCACCCAUUGGGGCUGAAAUUCAGGUGACUUCAAGAUCAUCAAAGCAACCUCAGCGAGAACCAACGAAGGAAAGACGGUCACAAGACGUCCGUACUCUGAUCUCAGUGCUGAGACGGCUGCAGUCCGGUGGUGACCACUCUGCUCGCCCAGAUUACUCUGACGAGGAGCUCCGCACGGUAUACGUUCUCUUCGACGACUUCCGCAACAACAAUUCGAAGUGCCACGAUUGUCGUCGAAGUGAGGAUCACCAACAACGCGUCAAUCGGGAAAUUUUCUUGAAACCCAGACCACGAGUCGGCGUGGACGUCCAAGGAAUACCUUUCCACGACUGGUCGGCAUGUCCACCAGAAGCUCGUCUUCAGCCGCGCAUGACGGCUGAGAUAUGCCUGAUGUCCCAGACGGGAUUGCUCAUGCAAGGAAACGUCGAUACCGACGUGCUUGUCUUUCCUGCAGCACUCCGUCCUCGACCUUCCCGAGUCUUCAGCCAACAAAUCAAGUUUCAGUUGCAACAUAUCCCCGAAAGUAUUUACGGCGUCCUGCAGCGCUGGCAUCUCAGAUCCGGGAGAUGCUUCGACUGCCUUGUCAAGGCGAUGCAGACUUUCCCGCCAUGGAUAAUGGAACAGAGGCGUACCCAAGGGUACGAGGAAGGCAAUCCGGUUUUUGUGAACCAUUUAGACAAUGAAUUGGCGGAAUGGGACGAAGAUCGAAGGCGGUGGCGUCUUCGUAUUCUCGAUCAUUAUCGCUGGCUAGAUGUAGAGGAAUUGGAUCCGAGGUCUAACGAUAGCAUGGCUAAUCCGGAAAUUGUAAACGGGACAGAAGCGAUGCCCAUUCCCUUCGAGACUUGGUCAUUCUAG